CUUUGAUCACGAUUGUAAAAUUGGACAGUUCGGUAACAAAGUGAAGUACCGAAAGAGAGUCGCAAUGGGAUCCUCAAAGGAUAUUUUAUGCCUCCAUCCGCCCCCCCAAUUUUUCAAGAUAGCAAUUGUCAGUCAUCGAUCGUCUGUCGUCAACCUUGGCAUACAAUUAAUGAUCCAGAAAACGAGAGUCUGACCCGGUCAAAUCCCAGCAGUAUGUGCGAGUUCAGCGGAACAAGAUUCAGCUGCGGUUGUCUCACGUGGAAGGGCAACGAGUACAAAUAUUGCUACAGGCGAGGUAAAGGGUGUAAGACAAAGACAUUCCGGCUUUUCGAAUGGCAAACGUUCUGCCCAGGUUCUCGUAAAUUUCUCAAGGAGAAGACAAAGUAUGACGAAGGUGUUGUCCUUCCGAGAUGCUGCAGCCAACUUGAGAAAUCGAAGCUAGAAAGUCUAUGCUUGAAAUGUAACUCGAUCCCCGACAAGGAAAAUGAGUUGCACCGCUAUUGUGCCCAGCACAUGGUGUGCGUUUCUGAAAUAGUUGAUCCAAAUGCAGAGAAAGAGUUCGAAAAGUUUGCGCAACUUUGGCCAGGCAACUUACGAGCCAGGUACCUUCGAAGGAAGCAAGAUCUAAGGGUAAGAGAUGUUGGUUGGUCCCUAUGAUUUUACUGCGGACUUGACGUGGGCGCGAACGCGAACGCGGACGUGGACGUGGACGUGGACGUAGACGCAGAUGCGGAUGCAGUAUUGUUUAGUGUUUCUUUUCUUUUUCUUUCUUUUUUUUCUGUGUUUAGUAUCUUAUCUAACUCAGCCAGCUUAAUCCAGGUACUUUUAAACAUGUAGGUGGUUAUGAAAUCACGAUAGGAAAUAGGUAACGUUAAUGUCGUCGAUGGUGCUUAAAGAUUUUAAAUGUUUUAAUGUUG